AUGGAAAUCGAUCCCCCGCUCUGCGAGACCUUCGAUAAACUCGUCCGAACCUCUCCCAUCAAAACCCUAGAUCAUGAUCAAAAUCUCUUGAUUGAUAAGGUUGAUGAAUUUGAGCUUCCUGUAAUUGAUCUUAGCCAUUUGAAUCUUGGGCCCCAAGAAAAAGAAAAAUGUGUGGAAGACAUGGUUGAUGCUGCAACCAAAUGGGGUUUCUUUCAAAUUGUCAACCAUGGAAUCCCUCAAGAGAUGUUAGAGACUGUGAAGGAUGAAGAGAAGAAGGUUUUCCAUCAAGACUUUGCCAAGAAGGCUGAUGAGAAGUUCUUGAAUUUAUCGGCUAAUAGCUAUCGAUGGGGAAACCCGGCCACUACCUUGGUGAGCAGGUUCUUAUGGCAUGAAUCUCUCCAUGUAUCUGUCUCAGAGAUUUCUAAGAUAAAGGGAAACGAUGGCCUCAGGUACUCAUCAAAAUUUUAUAUACGUUAA